AUGGAGGAAAUGACCGGGAUUCUCUCGUCUGCGGGCCAGGAUGAGUCCUCUCUCGACUAUGUAUCUUCUGACAUUACCGCGGCACGCCUCGAUCUUCUAGUCGGCCCAAACGAUUCACAUUGGGUGGAGAAGCACAAGUUCUUCACUGAGAGACUGAAGUCGGACGCUCCCAUCAAAGAAAUCAUUCGAGAAAACUUCACAUACCAUGAGAGUCGCCUGUUGAUGCCAUCUGAUCGCGCAGACGUGCAGGAAUUGCAAGCUGCCAAUACAAAGCGCUACGAGGCCCUUCUCAAUGAUCGCUUCAAGGGCUUCGACGACUCUUUGGCCACAAAGCUCACGAUGAUGUACUUUGGCUUACCAAUUGCGCCGAUGGAAGACAUUCUCAAAGAGCUCUCUAUGGCUGUUGGUAUGAGGGAGGAAGUCCCGAUGUACAACAUCAAACCACCACUGCAUUUUCUUACCGCCCACGAACGUCGCAACUGGGGAAAGGAUAGCCUGAAAGCCAAGGAAGCCUUCAGCUGGCCCGUCCCGGUCCCAAAGAAAAGCGAUCCAAUUUUGGGUCUUCGUGGAGGUGAAGGACCUAGCUCACAACGCGGUGAUCACGUCUUUUAUGACCACGUCCCCUCAACUGAGACUCCCGCAACCCCUGAAGAAGGAUGGACUUAUAUUUAUGGCCUCUAUGGGCGCUUGCCAUUUCGUCCUCGCAAGUGGCGAUCAUUUGCACUCGUUCUACGACAACUAUUGUAUAAUCACCCUGACUACAUUAGGGAGAGGCAGUACAUAUUCGACCUCCAUGUUAUUGACAAGAAGACCGGCGACCGGAAAAUCAUUCGUGACAAGUUACCCUUGUCGGCUGGAAGCAAAGCAAUGCUCUUCCUCGAGGAACACUUUACCCACGACUCGAAAGACAAGGGGCACAAGGAUUGCUGUACUCUUUUUAUUGAUCAUGUCCAGAAGGAAUCAGAUGGCACAGCCGAGCAUUGGGAACCUUCCAAGCAGCAACUGGAGACAGACACCGUCAGGAUUGGGCGCUCUCUCGGGGCUUUCCCCAACGGGCCAGAGGAAGAAGCCAUAAGUUACGCUUAUAUUCCAUUUCCCAAGAUCAAAACUCCGCGCUUCGUUGCCAGCAACUAUGCAUCUCAACAGUACAACACUCACUUCAGGGCCGCCACUGAUAUCAUCUUUGGUCGACCUAUGGGCUACAAGGAUGCGGGAUGCGCCGAGUACAACCAUGCCUUGUUCCGUCUCUAUGACAGAAACAAGCCAGACGCUCCAUUGACCGUACCCAUCGUUUACGGUGCCAUGGGUCUGCCGCAAUCGGCCUGGGAGCUUCUUCACCCGCUAAAUAACCCUGGCGCUUGCUGGAUGAUUGAAUGCACCUGGCUCGACCCCGUUGUGGUGCCUCUUAUCUUUCCCAACUAUUACCCAAGGCCUAACCCUCACUUGUUAGAAGAUGACAGUAAUUACGGGGACGAGUUUGAUAAUGUCUUCCACCCGAUCUGUGAGAUUUCUACAGAGGCUUUUGACAUUGAGUCGAGCAGAAAGCUCGAAGCAGUGUAUAUCCUCGAAGGGGACCCAAGAAAUAGGUAUGGGGAAGGCAUCAAGGGCCUGGAGGUUGUCCCGCAACGUGGUAAUGCUCGUGGGAGAAAUAAUUCCGUCGGACGCGUUGUUGGCGAGAAGAUCCAUGAUCUAUCGGCCUGGUUUUACACCGCUCACCCUCAUUUUCGCCCUGGACACUGUCGUCUGUUCCCUGCUUGGCACGAUGGACAAGACAUCUCGGUCGAGUUGCCACCUCUGACAUCCACAGCCCAACAGCUCUUUGCUGCUGUCGAUAAGCUGGUAUCCAAGACUAAGUACAUGAGAGCCAUGGGCCAGGACCUCAUGUUACUCAAAGAGACUGCCUGUGGCAACAUCCUUCAAAGUCGAGACACACCAUCGUACCUCAUCCGCCCUGACUCAUCCGACGAUGACUGGUAUCGUGUGAGAGAAUCCAUCACAUCCCCAGACAUAACAGUUGAGUUUGUCAAAAAGUCAGAUGUUGACUGGGAAGAAUGCAUAUCGGACAACAACAUCUGGGGCGUCCGUGAAAUUAAACCCGAAUUACAUGUCUCUCGCCCUCGGCUAGGUGGUGAUACUCUUAAAAUCAGGGACCUCGACGAUCGAAUAGUCGACCCUGCUGCCAAUUAUCCCUCGGCACCUGCAAGUCUGGGCUCUCCAGGCUCUGAAAACAAGAAGGAGCUCUCAAAACUCAGAGCCAGGGCGUUCGUUAGCCCUAUACUGCCUCAUAUCAAACUUCGAGUACCUCCGCCUCCGAAGCUUGCGCUGCCUCAGGCCUCCACGCUUGAUGGCGAAUCUGAAGCUGAGGAGGAGGAGGAGGAGGAGGAGGAGGAGGAGCAGGAGUAUGAUGUCGGUGUCCUGGCGACCAGUCGGCCUGACUGGGCCAACAAACCUUAUUCCGCAGACCGUCGGCGAGUUGAGAGAACAGAAAGCCCAGACUCGGAAGAUGAUAUUUAUGGCUAUUCAGGAGAUGACACUAGAGAUGUCUCGGAGUCUGAAGACGCCUCUAAUCUAAGGGAUGGGAUAACAAUCUCCAGUGAUCACAGCAGUGAUGAAUCAAACAGAGGCGACGAUGGCGACGACAAUGAAGGCGGCAAUGGGACUGAGCACGCCACUGCCUCCCGCCCUGGUCCUCCAACCAUAUCACCAUGGGAACCCGAUGAGAACGCAUCACGAGUGGCCCGAGAAGACACAUGGGCCUCUCAACCUAGUAUCUUUGGUAACCUCAGAGCUGAGUCUGAACCACCUGAUAUUGGCAUCCCUUUGACUGCAGCGCCCGUAGAGAAAAUACUUCGCACCGACGAUUCUGGCAACGCCGCGAUGAUCUCCAAAGCCCUCCUCACACCCCACGAGCAAGCCAAGCUCCAGCGCACCCUCUGGAACACUCGUAAUGUGCUUCUCAAGCGCUCCAUACGGUGCAUGUUCGAGGACUGCGACUUCACCUGCCGGACUGACGAUCAUGAGGCCAGGAAGAAGCAUACUCUGGAAGCUCAUAAAUCGCGAAUGUGUCCUUGGUGCGAUGAGCCAAUGUUUGAAUGGUGGAAUAAGUCUCAGAGGACGAAGCACAUGCGGGAGAAUCAUACUAAGGAUCUGAAGGAUGUCUUGGGUAUUGUGGAUGGGCCUGUCCAUAGGGCAACGCCUGCAGUACCUCGCCCAUCGAAGCCACCUCAGCAACCUGCGAGCAAGCCCCGGCCUGCAGCCCAGACCCGGUCUGCUCAACCCCCAUCGGCUCCAACGUUCUCUCUGGGACAAGUUGACAGUCCUUUCACUGCACUUCGUUCAGCCCCCCCUCGCAAGCCAGCUCCUGUGGCUCAUAUGGUACCCGGUACAGUGCCGGACCCUGGUAUGCCACGACGUUUAGAACGCCUUAUGCAAUCAUCUCGUGCAGCACCGCAAAACCUCGCCUCCGGUAGUAGGACGCACAAACCACCAACGGUAGAGACACUAACAGCCGGAAUGCCUGCCCAUCUUGAGAGGGAGCUUGUACAUUCGAGAAAGUUAUGGGAAUCCAAGGCACGUAAACUUGCUGAACCUCCGCGAACUCUCUCAAACCCUCUUGCCUGGUACGACAUGACUGGACGAGUGGUUGUUGUUGAUCCUCCAGAGUUUUGUCCCAUCCCAAGGUGCGGAUAUAACAUCAGCUGGCUCGGUUCUUGGGGCCUAUAUGAUCACUUCACGAGAGGCCAUCUGGAAAAAGAGGUUAUGAAGUGUCCAUUCUGCGCUCUUCCGUUUUUUGAAGUCAUGGGUAAAGAUGAGGAAGGCAAUGAAAGAAGAAUCCAUCGCGGGGAAGCAGAAUGUACGAAGCACUUGGACUGCCAUAUCUAUGAACUCUGGAAACAUCUGCAGCCAAUUAUGGAUCGUCCGGAGAUGGUCUAUUCUCACGACGUCGGGAGCCCGUUGAGGGGGGUAGUAGAAACCGUUCGGGUGAUCGAACCAGAGACUUAUCUUGAAGGGCAACAUAUCUCACCGCGUCGUCCCGUCAAGAAGUGUAAGUACUUCGGAAAGUGUGGCAUGGUCAUCUGGGGUAUGACCAUCGAGGAGUAUGAUCGUCAUAUUGAGGAACAUCAUACAAACCAAGACGAGGAUGACUCAGAUGAUGACGAAGACAUGGACGAUUUCGAUGUCGAUGUUGAUGCCGAUGUUGAUGACGAGGAUGAGAGCAGUAAUGACAGCGACAAUGACCAUGUCCAUGACAAUGGGGACCGUGGCAGUUCUAGCAAGCGACAACCUGCAGGUCGUUCACGUGCCCAAAGGCAGUCUACUCGGAAUGCCUCAAACAGCAGAUCUCCAAGCCCGACUCCGCGGGUAACUGAGGUCGUUUCAGAAGAUGAGGUUGUGAAUGAGUCCAACGAGUCAACUGGCGCUGUGGUGGUGACCAAGAAGCCUGCUCCCAAGAAGCCUGCCGCCCCGAAGCCUGCUCCAAAGCCUGCCCCCAGUAAACCCCCCUCGAAGAAAGCGCUUGGGAAACGCAAGGCGGUAACACAGGAGGUCGAAUCGGCGGCUGAGAGUCAUAGCGAAGCCCCUUCUACAGUUUCUCGUGGUCGGCGACGACAUACCGAGGCUCAGGAAAACACGCCUGAGGCAGCGGCUUCCUCCACUGAAGCACAAGGCAGUGAGGCUCAGGGCAGCGACGUCCGAGGACAAGCGCCGGGCAAGAAGCCCAAGAAGACUCGUCGUAAGGGAGAGAAGGAUGGUCAGUACGAAGAUGAUGGGUAUGAGACUGAUGACUUCGACGAAGAACCAAAUAAGGAAGCAGGAAGACCCUUCCGUCGUCGAGCGAAGUCUCCUGACUGGGUGAAGAAGCUCGGUCCUAGCGAUCCUGAAUUUGAUCCCGACGAAGAUAUGUACUGCUCCAAGUGUCUGCGCAAGGUGCCUAAGACGCAAAGCAAGAGUUCGAACCACCCAACCAUCAGUCGCGAUGCAGAAGUCGAGGCUCAUACUGAUAAGAAGCGAUGCUGCCGUAUCCGCAACGCCCCAGGUUCAAUCGAACGUCUCCCAAACCGCAGCGGCUGGAUCAAAGGCUCUGACGUGCGCAAGCAGCUCGGUGAGAUCAAGAGAUCAUUCCGCCGUCGCUACCCAACAUAUGCACGCACAGUCUAUCCCACCAACCCAAACGACCAGUACGCAUCGGUCUGGCGCUCCGACCCCAAUAACUCAGACAACUUUGAAUGGUGGGACAUUCCCUGGCCUCCCUACGAAGGGGACCCUCCUUUCCCUGGAUCGUGGGUAGCACCAGGUUUGCCGUGGGAUGACACCUUUGACGGACGAAAGCGACGCAAGAUGUACACUGGAGUUGAAGUCCCCGAUUCCCGGUAUAAGUAUCAGAGCGAAACUGAGACUGAUGGUUCGAUGCGUGGGCUUGUUCCGGAGAACAUUCCUGGUAAUCUCACUAUUGAUGGUACGCCGGCGUUGAAGAGGCCUGAGAGUGCGAUUGCUUCAAUUGAGGAGGAGACUGAGGAACAACCUGCUGCGAAAAAGCCGAAGCUUGGUAAGUCCGCCUCUUCCCUACCUCUCUUCAUUUCUCUCGUUAUGGACAGGGCUGACAUUAACACAGGAGCCAUUCCCAAACGUGGAAGAAAGCCUAGCACGCAGCCUUCGCGUGCCUCGAGUCGAAUUCGGAUGCAGAGAGCCGGUACCGCUUCUACGGCUCCGUCGACAGCUGUCUCGACGGCUGUUUCCAGGGCUACUUCAGUUGCGGCUGCGCCCAAGGCUACUUCCAAGGCCCCGAAAGCCGCUCCAAAGCCUGCACCUAAAAAGGCGACUGGUUCAAAGACUGCGACUCCUGCUCCGGAACCUACACCAAAGCCCGCUGCCAAGUCUACUGCGAAACCUGCCGCGAAGACUGCUCCUAAAAAAGCGGCUGGUUCAAAAAAUGUGACUCCGGCUCCAGAGCCUGACUAUGAUAGCAGUGAUCCAGAUAGGUGA